GUCAUUUUCACGUGGUGCUUCUUUGCUAAAAUGUGGAUUUCUCGUCAUAAUUUUUAAAGAUUUUAUUAGUUUUCUAUAAAUAUAACAUAUUCUCAUAAGUGUUAUAAACAAAAUUUAACGAGUAUUCAAGAUGAAGUUCAACUAUAAGUUCCACAAUUUGCUGGGAACAGUGUACAGAAAAGGUGAUAUAUUAUUUACAAAUGAUGGAAACUGUGUCAUUAGCCCAGUUGGUAACAAAAUAACUGUGUAUAAUUUGAAACAAAACAAAAGUAAUACCUUAUCGGUAGAAAGUAAUUUCAACUACACAGCAGUGGAUAUCUCGCCCAAUGGAUCUGUUUUAUUGGCUAUCAAUGAAAAGGGCGAAGCACAGAUGAUUAGUUUGAUCACUUGCACCGUAAUACAUCGGUACAAAUUCAAACAGCAAGUGAAUGCUGUUAAAUUCAGUCCUGAUGGAAAGUACUUUGCAGCUUGCUGUGAUUGCACAGUAUUCAUCAUGACAGCUCCUAGCACUUUCACCGGCCAGUUCCGUUCGUUCGUCAUGAAGCGGGUCUUCCAAAAGUCUCACGACGAGGUCACGUGUCUCGACUGGUCCACAUGCUCCAAACUCCUAGCAGUUGGAUCUAAAGACACCACGACAAAAAUAUACACUGUAGAUUACUUAGACAACCUCAACAUGUAUUCACUAAGCGGUCACACGGAUAAAAUAGUCGGCACAUUCUUUGAAAAGAAAAGUUUGGACCUUAUCACUGUUAGCAGGAAUGGUCAGAUUUGCUUGUGGGAAGCGAGUUUAGAUUCUGAUGAUUUGAUAGUGUCAGAGGUACAGAUAUCGCAAAGGAAGAAAAGGCGGAUGCAGAAGCAAGAAGAAGAGAGUGACGAUGAUGUUGAUGAAAAGAACGCUAUUGAAAAGGACCAAGAAAAUGAAAGUGAAGAUGAGGCCAAAGUGAAAGUUGAAAACACAAUAGCCGAAGAAAAGCGGCUACACUACAAAAAAUUAGGACGCCACUACAUCGGAGACGCUAUCCGGAACGCGCACCACAAAGUUAGGCUGACUGCCGCUCAGUAUCAUAAGAAUACCAAGAUGCUAGUCACAGGUUUCUCAAACGGCACAUUCUUCCUGCACGAGAUGCCAGACGUAAACCUGGUCCAUACGCUUAGCAUAUCCGAGCACCGGAUCAGUAGUAUUGCUAUGUCCCCGCAAGGCGACUGGAUCGCGUUCGGGUGCCCUAACAUCGGACAGCUGCUGGUUUGGGAAUGGCAGAGUGAACAGUACGUAAUGAAACAGCAAGGCCACUCGCUAGACAUGACCUGUCUAGCGUAUUCUCCCGACGGCCUUUACAUAGUCACGGGAGGGUUCGACGGGAAGGUCAAAGUCUGGAAUACGACCUCUGGCUUCUGUUUCGUGACGUUUAAUGAACACAAGUCGACGGUCACUAGUGUAGUGUUCAGUGCUAAUAAGAAGUUCUUUGUGUCUUCGUCGUUGGAUGGGACUGUUCGGUGUUAUGAUCUUACGAGGUACCGCAACUUCCGAACAUUGACGUCGCCGACGCUCGUCCAGUUCAGCUGUGUAGCUUUGGAUAGCAGCAGCGAACUGUGCGCGGCGGGCGGCCAGGACGUCUUCGACAUAUACAUCUGGUCCGUCAAGUUCGGACGGCUGCUGGACGUACACGGAGGUCACGAAGCGCCGGUGUCUUGCCUGGCCUUUAGCCCUACUCUAGCCAGUUCGAAGCUAGCAUCGGCCAGCUGGGACAAAACCGUCCGUGUGUGGAACUGCAUAGAGACCAGUUCGGACUGCGAGCCGAUACAGCUGACGUCCGACGCAUUGCAAGUGGUUUUCAAACCUGAUGGGGAGGAGAUCGCAGUCUCCACUCUGGACGGCAACAUAACCUUCUUCAACGUGAGCACCGGCGACCAGACUGGCAGUAUAGAGGGCAGAAACGACUUAGGAGCCGGCCGCGCUGAUAAAGACCUGAUCACGCCAGAGAAGAUGCUGAAAACCAAAGCGUUUACCACUAUUUGCUAUUCGGCUGACGGAUCGAGUAUCCUGGGCGGUGGCAAUUCUAAGCACGUUUGCCUGUAUAGCGUGAAGGAAGCCGUUCUCAUCAGGAAGUUUGUGAUCACACAGAACCGCUCGCUAGAUGCUGUUAACGACUUCAUAAACCGGCGGCUACUCACCGAAUUCGGCAAUAUGGCCCUGGUUGAGGAAAGGACGGACUUAGAGGGCGGUGACGUCAGCAUCCGCCUGCCUGGAGUCAAGCAGGGUGACAUGGCCGAUAGGAAAGUUAAGCCGGAGGUGCGAGUGCAUUGCGUGAGGUUCUCUCCGACGGGUGAGAGUUUUGCCGUAGCGGCUACUGAGGGCCUACUAGUGUACAGUCAAAACGCCGGACUGGAUGGAACAUUCAGGCCAUAUCGUCUAGAGAUGGGCUCCACGCCGUCAGCGGUCCGGGACUUAUUACGCGAGAAGAGUUGGGGCCUGGCGUUAGUUGGAUCGCUGCAACUCAAUGAGCAUAGUAUUAUUACGGAGUGCGUUGAGGCCGUGCCUCCUUCCGAUAUCGAACUAACAGUGUCCAGUCUAGACGACGACUACACAGAUCGUCUUCUCAUCACGAUAGCACGACUAUUAGAAGACAGCCGACAUUUAGAGCACCUUCUACUCUGGGUGCGGUCCCUGGUCACGGUGAAGAAGCGAAAGUUCCCGCCCAGCGUCUUGUUAGGGCUGGAGAAAGUCCUGACUGUGAAAUACUCGCAGCUUAGUAAGAUCUGUGACUUCAACAAAUACACCAUCCGCUGCAUCAAGACCGUGGCUGAGAUAGCGCCCAAAAUGGAAAUGGAGGUAGACGAGGCCAGCGACGAUUCAAGCGGUCGCGGCACCUUCUCCGAUUCAGAAUAAUAAAUGUAUUAUGUUAGUA